CCUCGAUUCACGAUCCGAGGUGAUGCAUGGCCAUUGGGGAUUCAAGCGUGCUAGCGGUCCGCAAGGGUAUGGACGGGCAAGUUUCUUGACUGAUACUAUCAUCCAAAGUCACGAGUGGGGACUUUGGUGACUCGAAUUCCAAUGCCCGCUGGCCGCGCCUUUUCACACACCGGCGUUCUCAACGUUGCCACGUACGGAUACACCCCACUCGUCACGCGCAUAUGUCGCAGCGCACAUCCAGUCGCGCUCGCCUGGCAGGUCGGACAGGAUCGCGAAGCGAGGCCCACUUUGCAUCCGAAGCUGGCAUAGAUCUCGAGGCGCUUCAAAGGCAGGAAGAGGUUGGCUCUAGUCUCCCAGACAAUGGAGCCGACGUGAGUGUGCCUACCUCAUCCACCUUGUCCAGCGCCGACGCUCAGGACAGCUCGCUGCCUCCUCCUGUCCUUGCCGGGACUUCUCAGCUAGAAUCGAGUCUAACCCUUGAUCCUCCCUCGCAAGUGGUGAGCAGUCCGAAUGGAAGAAGCUCGAGGCUGCCUCGUGCAGCUGCAGCGCGAAGUCGGCAAAGGGCGACCAAGGCGCCCACACCUCUGCCAGAGCCGAGCGAAGAUGAGGACGAGUAUGACGACCAGUCCGGCCCAGUCUCUACCCCGAAACGCUCUAGUCGCACUAGACCUUCCAGCGAUAGACGACCGCUCAAGCGCGGGAAGCCCGUUGUGGGGGACGAAGCUGAUGGAUCUGGGCCAGGUGCUGAAGGCAAAAGCCUAGAAGAGGAGGGUGCGGAUCAGGAGAGCGACGAGAUGGACGCGACGCCCAGAAGAAGACGCGCGGACGCUGGCAGAGGCCGCAGCCUUGGCAGAAGCAAAGCCGCGGGGACGCGCACUAGAGAAAAGAGUGCGACACACGCUGAGACCGACGGUUUUCCCCAUCAUCCUGCCGAUCAGGAAAUCUUUGAAGAAUUUCAAGCUAGCACUACCGCGGACAACGGGAGCGAGAGCGAGGCAGAAGCUUCUCUGAAAAAGCGUCGUGGCUCAAGAUGGCGAGGAGGAGGACGCCGAGGAGGAAGAGCGCGAGCUGGCCAGGGACGACAUUUCAAGCGCGGCGCGGUCUCCGCCGGAGCAGACGAGGAUGAAGAGGAAAGUUUGCAUGAGGAGAAAGAUGCAGAGGAAGACAAGGUCUCAGAUGCCGGCGAGACUGACUUGGUUCCAGUGGACACCAGAUCGCGAUUCAUGCUAGUGUCCGAGUUCGGUCAGACUACGCUGGUCCCGGCUGUCAAACGCGUCAAGGGCACAGCGACCAGCUUCAGCUUGGCCACUAAGGACGAUGCGCGAGGUGGCAUGGGUCGAGGCAAAGGGUACAGGUACAGCAAGCGUGGCGGCAGAAGAGUCCGUGGAGGUGCGGGUGGUAGCGCCACACCCAGCGAUAGCCCUGCUCCUGGAAAAUUCAAAAAGAGUGGUGGCGCGCGAGUCAGCGACCGAACCCCUUCUCGGUGGGCACAUGGCGAAGACGACGAAGACGGUGAAGACGACGAGCAAGGAACAGGGGAAGACGGCCCAGAGAAGGAAGAUAUGGAAGGUAGCCACGAUGAGGAUGACGCGCAGAAUGACGCGGCUGGGGUAGAUGCGUCAGAAGACGAGUCGCAGAUGGUGGACGUGCCCCAAGUCGCUUGGGUCCAAGGCCGAGAGUACACCUUUGUCGCUGACGAGCUCCAGCUCGACGGGGACGAAGAAGGUGAAAAGAAGAUUGACAUUCACGGCAACUUGCUAGGUGGUCGUGAGUGGCGUAUUGCAACCUUCACAUCCUCAACAAGGUCAGAUCCACAGCGACGCUACUGUCUCGCUGUAGAUGCCGCCCGAGCGUGCGGCUUCAAGGACUCGCUCUACUUCUUCCGUCGCACGCCUUUGCUGGUGCGACUCUUUCUGACACACAAGGAGCGCGAGGAACUCGUUGAUGCUGGCAGAAUCGACCCGAAGCUGAAAGGUCGCAAAAUUGCUGUUGUCGCUGCAAGGAACGUCUUCAAGGUAUUUGGCAGAGCCUGCGUUAGAUAUGGGCGAAGUGUCGUGGACGACUAUUACGAGGCUGCCGCAAAGGAAGCGGGCGCAGCGGAUGAGGGACAAAUGGGAGGCGCCGUCAUCGGCGCCGUGCGCGAAUCCGGCGGUAGAGUUGCUCGCGCAACCGAUGAUGGCGCUGCUGCUUCGAACACCGCAUCCAUGCGCUACAAGGAAAAACCUCGAGAUCGCGAGGCGGAGAAGCUGCGAAACCUUGCUAGGCAGCUCAGAGAGUCGUAUGAGCACAGCACGACGGACCCAUUCACUGCUGAGCCGGUGCGCACGCUGUUCGGGGAUUCUGGCAGCACGCCUUUCGUGAGGGCCGACGAUAGACAGAGGCAAAAGGCGAUUCUGAGCAAUGCCAGUGUCACUUCCGAAAAUUGGAUGCUGAUGAUGGCCAGGAGUACGCAAGCCAUGAAUGAAGAGCUCUACGCCGGAAGGAAAGAGAGGCUCGUCAAUUUUGUGCGCCCAGAAGAGGCGUUGGGCGAUUUUGAGGAGAUCGACCGUCUGCAGAAACGCAUAGAUUCCAAUGCCCCUCACGCAGGAUCAGUCACACAGAAGUUCGCGCGACCUGUUGGCGUGUACGAACCAGCAACGAACGUGGUGCAUGUCGCUCAGGAUACACAGCCCCGAUGGGCAACAAUUGAGAAGGUGUCCGGUCGUCCCGAUUUUGCGAUUCAGUCAAAUGCACACGCACAGCCCAUCUUGGGUGGUGCUCGAGCUGGCAGUAAUGCCUGGGGGCUGGCAACGUUCACGACGAGCAUGCACCAACCGGCGGCUGCCCCUCAAGAAGUUCGAAUCCCAUCAGGCUCUGAGGAUUCAAAGGCGACGUCUCCGUCGCAAAUGCAGGAGUGAACCGCAUGUAUUUCUACAGCGCAAGACGAUACAUUUGAUCCGUUCGUGCUCAUGUUCACCUUGGUGAACGCUACAGAAAGCCAAUUCCUGUUCGCGGACCUCAAUUGCAGACAUGCCGGCCGCCCCAGUCUGGCUGUCGUGCGGGCGGGCGGGGCAAGGUAAUCGGGGGGCAGAGGCCGGGCGCCUUGCCGCCGGCCGGCAUGGAUCGAUUUG